UGCAGCAAAGUCGAACCCAUGAACCGACUCAGCUACGAAACUCACUGAGGACCGUAAGCAAGGAACACUAAUAACAACCCAUAUUAUUGAAAUAGGUUUAUAUUCCCGCCCUGGAAUACGAUUUUAUUGACAUUAUUGGUUGCAAGACAGUGUUUGGAUCGGAUCGAGGAUACUUCGCAGAGUUUCGAACGAAGUGCAGCACAGAGCAUCUGUUCCGAUCCGUCGGCUCGCGAUAGUUUGUUUGCCUGUUGGAUUCUGUUGUUGACCAUCAACAGUGAAUUGUCAUACAGUACAUCGCGGCCACACAGACAGCCAACUAAUUUCAAAUUUAACUAAAAUCAUCGAGAACCAUGCACAAGUCUGAAAACUGAAUGACCGCGAUUUAAAGUUCCGCUGACUGUCCACGCCAUUCAAGCUGUGUGGUCGAUGUAUACACUGGGAAACUGUGAACACUUCUAUUCAACACAGAAGACAGAUAAUUGUGUUGCUUUCCGAGAAUGCCUUUUAUGGAGGCAAAACGGAAGGCAAUAACAAACAGCGAUUAUGUCAGCUAAAACUGCGAAAAACUGGAGAGACCACCAAUUAACGGUGGCCCUCCGAGUUCGUCCUUUUACCGAAGAAGAGCUAGAGCUAGCGCCCACCAAGAUUGCUCAUGUUGUUGAAGACAAUAUGGUGGUAUUGUUGGAUCCCACUGAAGAUCCAGAUGACAUCCUUAGAGCAAAUAGGUCAAGAGAAAAACAGUACGUCUUUGAUUAUGCAUUUGAUGCCAAGGCUACACAGGAAGAUGUAUAUCAACAGACUAGUUUUCUCAUUGAUGGAGUAUUGGAUGGAUUUAAUGCAACCGUAUUUGCAUAUGGAGCUACAGGUGCUGGUAAGACGUAUACCAUGCUGGGACAGGACAAUGAUCCGGGAAUUAUGGCAAGGACAUUAAAUGAUUUAUUUACAGCCAUGGAAGAUACAAGUGAGAAUCAGGUUUAUAAAGUGACUAUGUCAUAUCUAGAAAUUUACAAUGAGAUGAUCCGUGACUUGCUUAAUCCGUCGUCAGGAUUUCUGGAUCUCAGGGAAGAUGCUGCUGGCAAUGUCCAAGUAGCAGGCAUAUCGGAAGUCUCUACGAAGUCAACUCGAGAGGUGAUGAGAUUAUUGACAAGAGGAAACAAAGAAAGAACAUCUGAACCCACAGCAGCCAAUAAGACAUCAUCUCGGUCACAUGCUGUAUUACAAGUGACAGUCAAGAAACGUAAUAGAGUUAGAAAUAUAUCGCAAGAAAUUCGUGUUGGUAAAUUAUUCAUGAUAGAUCUAGCCGGGUCUGAAAGAGCCGCACAAACAAAGAAUCGUGGAAAACGGAUGAUAGAGGGCGCUCACAUAAACAGAUCCUUGUUAGCUUUAGGCAACUGUAUCAAUGCAUUGGCUGAGAAAGGCGGAAAUUUCAAAUAUGUUAAUUUUAGAGAUAGCAAACUUACAAGAUUACUUAAGGAUUCUUUGGGAGGUAACUGCCGCACAGUGAUGAUAGCUCAUAUCAGUCCUGCUAGUAUGUUCUUUGAAGAGUCAAGAAAUACCUUACUUUAUGCUGAUAGAGCUAAGAAUAUCAAAACUAGGGUGAAAGCCAAUUUUUUCAACGUGUCCUUUCACAUAGCUCAGUAUACUGGUAUCAUAGCCGAUUUAAGAAAAGAAAUAGCUAGACUUAAAAAGAAAAUAAAUGAGCAAGAAAUCCAACCAACACGAACUCAGGGUUCAGCCAGCAUUAAAGACAUCCAAUCCGAAGUGGAAAGGACAACAGCUUUUCAGGAUCGUAAAGAAAUGGACAAACUCAGACAACAACUUGUGUCCAAUUUCCAGGAACAAAUGGAAAUUAGGCGCAGUUUAAUGGAACUGGAAAAUACAAACAUGGAGAUCGCUAUGGAUACCAGUAAACAUUUACUAACCAUUGCUGAAUGGGAACAAGAGAAAGUCAGAAGAGCUUCUAAGAAAAGUAAUGCAUCUAAAGAAAGUCUAGACAACAGAGAAUCAGAAAAAGAUCUUGAGAAGGAUGUAGAAUCUAGUAGUCAAUCACCAGAACCAGGUGAAGUAAUUGAAGCCAGAGAUGAAAUCACUUCAUUACUCGCUGAGCAGAAGAAAACCGCUGAAUUGAAAUCUGAUUUGGAAAAGAAAUUAGGAGUUAUAAAAGGAAGUGCUUCUAAACUGGAAGAGAUUCUCCCAAAUCGGAUUAAUAGUGAGGAACAGCGGGAGAUACUGAGUCUACUGUGUAAAGUACACGAAUUAGAAAUUGAGAACACAGAGAUUCAGUCUACUGCAUUGAUCCGGGAAAAUCUACUAAGACAAAAAGAUCUGACAAUUGCACGAUAUGAGCAAUAUCGAGGACUAUGUGAUGAACUCAUACAACAACAACGCUCGUUAAUUGAUGAGAAUCACGUGGUAUGUACGGAUGAUUUAGACGAAUUGUAUGAACAGUAUCAGUUAAUGAUGGAUGAAGGGAAUUUAUCGAGAUAUGCAUCCCAGACAAUGACGGCAUCACAGGACAUGGCAGUUCUUCAUUCCCAGUAUCAGUUAGACAAUGAUGACAGUAGAAGUGAAGACAAAGAUGAGACACCACCAAGUAAAAAACUGUUACCCAGAAGAUCUCAGGAAAGUGACAGCCCAAAGGACAAUGAGCCAACAAGAUUGUUCAAACAGAGUCCACGUUCCCGACAGCUGCGUGAAAAGCAACAAGCAUCGUUGAUACCAAAACAGAGUAAAUCUGUUCCAUCAGAGACGUUUCUAACACAACUGAGUCCACAUAACAGCCAGACAAACUCACCAACUGAUCUACAAUUCUCAUCUGCGCUAGGCAAAAACAAGAAUCCCAAUGCCAAUCCUGCUGCAACACCUAAGCAACUGAAGCAAAUGGCAUUGAAAACAAAAAACAUUUCGGCCAUUGCUGCCAAGAGAAAGAGCAAACAGGUCUAUUCCAAACCUAACUUUGAUAGGUUGAAUUUACAAGACAAGGCAGUAAUGUCUUUAAAUUCUGUUCAUGAAGUAAGUGAAACGGACGUUGAAUAUCUAUCACCAAGCAGACUGGCCAAACACAAUAAGUUAUUGGGACAUUUCACGCCUCCACCAGGAUCGAUGAGACAAACAUUGAGUGAUGAUAAUUUGUCAACUGAUGCAUCUGAUAGGAAAGGAGUAAUGAGUGAUUCAUUGAGUCUCAAUAGUAGACCUAAAUACAGACCUAAGAAGAAUCCAUCAAGACAAUUUGACAUGAGAAGACGUGGAAAAUACGAGUCAUUUGAAGUUCAGUAUUCUAAGAAAAGCAAUGUUCAAAUGAAAACUGGUAAGAAAGGAAAGAAGUCGCAUAUAAAAUACCCACCUGCUCUCCAGUCAGAUGACAAUGAUCUAUUGUCUUUUGAUGUUGUUGACUCUCCACCUGUUGUGGUGUAUCAGAGUGGCGUGGAUAGAGGCAAAGGACAAACAAUACAGAAAAAAUACAGAGGACCUACUGGCAACUUGAAUUCUGACUCGUCAGCCAGCAGUACCCCCCAGGGAUCACACCGACCAUCAAAGAAGCAGCAACCAUCUAUUCCCGCAUAUGCCCAGAAAACAUCGCUCUCUGUAUCAGGAUUCACCGUUCCAAGAAACGAACGAAUAAACCGACGUUUAUAAGAAGCAUUCAAUGAAGAACAUUGACAUGAGUAAACUAGAUGAUACAACUAGAAAUGGUUGUUGGUGUGAGAAGGUAUAGGAAGUGGAUGAUUACUGAAUUUAGUUAUUCUUACAAAAAAACCCACCUUUGCAUUGUGAGAAAUAUUAAAAUAUUUUUUAGCUCUGGAUAUUUCACAAUUUUGA